AUGCAGAUCUGUUCACUAGUUCACAAACAAACACAAUGCGUGGUUUCAGACAAACCAACAAACCAACAAACCAACAAACAGACAAGCAGACAAACACAUACACACGCAGAACCGCUCAAAGAGCGACAAAUGCAGACAUUCCGCUGUAUCGGCGAGCGUCAUCGGUACCAAAAGCCGAUAGUUCUGGUGGUGCCGCGACUUCUUCUCGUGUCCGGAACGGCAGAGGGCACGAUGUUCUGCCCGUACCUGCGAGGUGCUGUCAUGUCAGCUGCUGCCUGA